AUCAGCGUGAUACUGUGUACAGUAUCACCUAACUCUGUGUACAGAGGUAGAAAAGGUGCCAACUCAUCUCAGGAGAAGGGUAGAGGAGAGAGGCAGUGUGAUAUCUAUUACUUUAUUUUGGUUUAAUUUUCUGUCAAUCCAGUAUUUAUUUUUACAAUAUCCCUACCAUCUAUAUCUUCACUCUGUACCGCUGUGAUAGUUACAUGUUAUUUUAAAUUAUAAAUCAACAAAAUGCAUCUUGGUUCCAGCUUUUCUGUGAAUGCUAAGAGCGUCACACAAAUUUACAGGUCCCAAUAUAGCCUCUUAGCGGCUAAUUCAAGGAAUGGUAAACUCAGGAAGCCACAACAACAAAUUUUGGGUUGUUAACAUCAAAAAUAUUUACAGCAUUUUUUAACCACAGAUGAACCCAAUGGAUUAUGAAAUCAUUCUGGGGAUCAAUAAUCAUCACCACCACUGGACAUUAGUGGUGAUUUACCCACAUGAGAAAAGGUCCCUGUUCUUGGAUCCACUGGGAGAGUCAAAGAAAAACAUCAAGCAGUGUUUGGAAAUCACAAGGGCAUUUAUGAGGAGGAAAGGCUGCAGUGUGUCCAGGUGGACAUGCGAUACUGUCGAACAUCCAAAGCAGCCAGACAGUACAUCGUGUGGGGUUUUUGCAUUGAAGUUUGCAGAAAGAGUCCUUGACAAAGAGCCUGUGGAUUUCCCCGCGUCCAGACAGGCAGUAAAUAAGCUCAGGUUUGACAUUGCAGUCAGACUUCUCCAGAGCAGUGAUGAUUUAGAAAACUUGUGCCACUUCUGCGGAGAGAUGGACAGUGAGAAAGACUUCAACUGGGUAACAACAUUUUAUAAGUAUUCAAAAAAAUAAUAGGAUGUUAAAUGGAAAAAACUAUAAUUUUACCUUGCAAAAUACAAGCUUGGAUACUGUCCAGCUAAGUUAGAAUACGUUUGAACAGAAAAUGACUAUAAUUUGUCCCU